AAACUGAAGGCCCAAAAACAAAGCUGGAAACGAGAAAGAAAAAGAGGCGAAUUGGUUCGGGGCUCCUCGGUGACGGAGGUAUUUCAAUUCCUGCGAAAUCUCUCGCAAAUUUCUUUUAGUCUUUGCCCAGAUUAAAAGGGUUUAUUCAAGACCUCAAUUCUCUAUCAUCUGUUCUCUAGGGUUUGAAGCAUCUAUCGAUUUAUUUAAUUAUAAGUUUUGAUAUUUAUUACGAAUCAAUCAUAGUAGAAAAGGAAGGACUUGCAAGUCUCGAGAAAUGGAGGGAGGGAGCGGUGGGAAUGGGAUAGUCAGCACUCAAACCAAUGAUACGGCAAACGCAACGCCUAACGAUGAUCCAAAGCAGAAUCUGAGUCAAGUAAUUAACUCCAUCCAGAAAACUUUAGGCCUUCUCCAUCAACUAUACCUCACCGUCUCUUCUUUCAAUGCCGCUUCUCAGCUCCCUCUCCUUCAACGCCUGAAUUCAUUAGUUACGGAGCUUGAUAACAUGGCAAAAUUAUCUGAGAAAUGUAAUAUUCAAGUUCCUAUGGAAGUUCUUAAUUUGAUUGAUGAUGGGAAGAACCCUGAUGAAUUUACGAGGGACGUUUUAAACAGCUGUAUUGCAAAAAAUCAGGUUACUAAAGGCAAAACCGAUGCCUUCAAGAGUUUACGAAAGCAUCUUCUGGAAGAGCUUGAACAGACAUUUCCUGACGAAGUUGAAUCGUACAGGGAGAUACGUGCGAGUUCUGCAGCUCUCCUUGUGCAAUGCAGGAAUCUAAACGGCUUGCUCAAUCACAAAGCAUGUUACCAAAUGGAGAUAUAAAGGUCAAAACUGAGCUUUAGAUGUUAAUAUUUGGAGUUUUUUUCUCCCCUUUUCAUCUAUGUAGGUUUCUGUAUGUACAAGAUGUGAUCAAUAAAUUCUGAUUUAACAUCACUUCCUGCUUGUAUUAAUGAUGUGACAAUUUGUAGUACACUCUUUCCGCUAUUGAUGAUGGGAACUUUUGAGCAUUCUCUGUGUUCUUGAUUAAUGCAAUGAAAACUAUUGUACUGUUUCUCAUUCUUUUUCCCUCAAAUAAACAACUUGUUAAAUGUUUUAUUCUAUGAUCAAUGCUGAGUAGUUGCCAUUGAUUUAGAGAUUGACAUGAGACUUUAGGAGUUUGGAGAAUAAAAGCAAAGAAUUUUCUGGCAGUUAUUCUAGUUGUAAGGAGAGAAUAUUCUGGCAAUCAUUCCUACUUUCUUAGUACUUGGAAACUUAGAAAGGCAGAAUUGUGUUUUUGCUUCAGAACUGUAUGUUAUUCAGCUAUUUGACUGAGAUUUUGGUUUAGAAUUCCCCCCUGUUUUCUGGGUUUUCUUGCUUGUAAUGUUAAAAUGUUUGUUGUUAGUUGAUUUAUUUUCAUGUGUUAGUCAAGGGGCACAAUCCUUCUUCUAGAUUGCCUCUUUUUCUGUGAGGUUCUUUCUGCCUUAAUAAUGAAUAUAGUUUUCUUCUUUGCUUCAUUUGUGCUACUAUAACAUUUUAUCAUUCUGCUUGCAUUUUUCUAUACGAUUAAAUGAAAAACUGGGGGAAAACUAUUGUCUGCGACUUUGUGAUCCUGCUUGCGGACAUAAAAACAUACUAGCAUGGUAUCCAGCUUGAGGCCUUAGCCCUUGUCAUGCCACUGUAAGUGUCUUGAAUGUUUUUGAAAUCAUGGAGGAUCCAGGUGUAGGAAGCUUUUCUCAGUUGUCUCUCAGCUUUGUU